GAAGGAGUUUGCAUGAAGAACGAAUUCCCUUUGAUUUAUUGCUGAUUGUACCGUUGUCGCCACUUCGACGCCAAUAAAAAACAGAAGGGCAGCUGAAUUUCAAUUAGCUCAAUAUAAGUCAGUUGAACAGCAGUGAAUCGGAAUCGAGAGACGGAGCCAGGAAAAGAUGGGAGGGGGUUGAAGAGCACGAAAAGAAAGCUGGAAACAGGGGGAUAAGCACACAGAGGAGGGGAGAGAAAGAGUGAAGUGACAUCACAUUUCUCAGCUCCUCAUUCCUCUCCUCCUCUGUGGCACCUUUGCUCCACUUCUCGCCGAGGAGGCGCGCGCACAGUUCGCUAUUUAUCCUCCUCCGUCGCUCGUAAAGAAAAAAAAAAAAAAAAAAGGGGGCUGGACUGAAGGAACGGAAAAGAAGGGAAAGCUCGCAAAAACUGAAACCAUGAACAACACUUUCCUAAACAUGGCGUCGAUAGGCGACUUCGACCCGCUGAACCCGUCUAUUCCUGCCACCAAAGUUGAAAUCACGGUGUCCUGCAGAAACCUGCUGGACAUGGACACCUUCUCCAAAUCAGACCCAAUUUGUGUUCUCUACACGCAAGGCAUGGGCAACAAGGAAUGGAGAGAGUUUGGGAGAACGGAGGUGAUUGACAACACGCUAAACCCAGACUUCGUGAGGAAAUUCAUGCUGGACUACUUCUUUGAAGAGCGACAGAAUCUCAGAUUUGACUUGUGAGUACAACUUCCUGUGUUUGCUUAACUUUUUUAUUAUUUAUUUAAUUUUGUCUGGUUUUCUUUGCUUUCUGCAGCGACAAGUAAAAGUUUUUGCUCCCCACAUUUUGUCAUAUUUUAGCCACUUGCAAUAUAUUUUUGUACAAUUUUGUGCGAUUGGAUAAGAAAAAUGCGAGUAAAUGUUCUGCAAACAUCACUUUGAAAGUCUUGCCGCCGAUUUUCAGUUGGAUUCAGAAUCAGGCCCAGACUUUGACUAGGCCAUUCCACCACAUAACCUUUUGAUUGCAUCUCUGGCUUUACGUUGGUGACAUUUUCCUCCUGUGAGGUGAACUUUUUCUUCCAGUUUGAAGUCUGUCAUGUUUCUUCUUGCCCUCCGUGUUGUCCCAUCAAUUCUGACUGAGAUCUGAUUUGAGAUUUCUUUUGUUAAAAUUGGAGACAUUGUGUUUUACUUCUUGAUCUGUCAAAGAAGAAAUGUAUAAAUGCCUCUCAGACCAGGAACUACAGCCUCUUAAAAUGCCUUCAUUUGCUCUGAAGCUGAAUUGGAAGUGGGACAGUUGUCGUUUUUAAACCCAAAAGUGAACUAACUGCUUUUAAAGGUCAGGAUCAACUGAUACAAGUAUAAACAAAGCUGCACACCUGCAGAGUGGUUCCGCCCCAGAGUAAAAGGGUCAAGGUUCCUUCAGGGGAGACAUUUGUCCCGCUGUCUUACUCAGUGCGACAGACGGUUGACUGAUUCUUCUCUAAUGGCACAACUUCCAUGUUCACAAUAGAAUCUUUAGGCAUCCACGGCAGCAGGAAUUGUGCAAACCUUAUCUGACCAAAAAAACAAAGCCACCACAGCAGUACAACAAUGAUGUUUGUGUCAGGUUUGACAGGGGGAUUUCCUAUUAGAGGCUGCCGUUGUAGACGUUUUACCACUGAAAGCUCACACACACUGAGGCAAACAGCAUCAUGUUUUCAGGAGUCUGAUCUACAUCCUUUCCCUAUUUUGACCGUUGGAUGCUCAAGAAACAUCCUAAAUGUUCACCAAAGCUCCACUCAUGAUGUCUCUACUGUCACGCUCUGUUUUUAGGCAGUUCCAGACAGGACGAAUUGAAUUAUUUACAUACAAAUCACUGCUGUGCAUGUUGAGCACAUUCGGUUCAAAUCAGACCUGUCCUUCCUGGAUGCUUAACGUAUUGUGAGUAGCUUGAGUUUAGGUGUAGUUUGAAAAUAAAGUGCGCCCCUUUUCAAUCGUGAAGCAGAGAGAAUACCUAAAAGGAAAAACAACUACUACACUAUAUAAAUAAAAUUACCUUACCUACCUUACCUACACCUCCUCAGUAUAUAAUCGUAAAAGUUAUUUAUUAACAGCAACAACUUCAGUCUGUCAUGAUGUUGUUGAUGAAUUUUGGUUUGGUGACCUAUAAGAAUUCAGUUGAUUGAGGUUUCCAGACAUCCAUGAAUAUUUUUCCAGCCUUUCUGUUGUACAAUUCCUGGUGUCUUCGAGGUUACCGUCCUGCUGCAUUGACUCGGAUCCAGUACAUUUCUACUGGUUGGCAAACGGCCUUCCACUUGACUUUAUAUAGAUUGCACUUCGACUAUGAAACCUGUCUUUCUCGUCAUUCCACAGAUGUCAUCAGUGUGAAUCUACGUCAUUUCCUUGUACUUCAGAUUUACUGACUAGACCUUUUUGGUUGCACGAGGUGCAAACGUAGGAAUCUGACAUUUCGUUGGUCUUCCUUCGCAUACCGAUGGGGUUUUAAAGGUUUUCAACCUGCCAGCAGCGUCUCUAGGUGAUGCCGUUUCUCGUUAAUUACAUGCAAAUUACAGUUUCUCUUUUAAAAUGAAAAGAUUAAUUAGAUUAUCUGUAAACCACAGAGGAGCGGCAACAGUUUUCACCAUCAUUGUGAAAGUUAGGCCGCGACGGCGAGGAGAGGCUGGGUCUAAGAUGGUAGUAAGAAAAAAAAAAAAAAGGGAAGAAAAUAAAAUAAAACGCUUUGGGGGGAAAAAUAGUUUGCGUGGGUGGAAUGUUGUGAGAGAACGAAAUAUGACGAGCAUCUGUGGAAUGUCGGGUUCACACCUGGAUCCUGGCAGCUCUGUAAGAGGUGACUGGACCAUUUCCAAUCACAACACUUAAAAUAUCCUGAGCCUUUUUGCUCAGGUGCUCGGCCAGACCAAUGCAGGAUCCCCACCUUGGCAUUUCCACCGAGUCGCUCAGUCACGCUUCGUGCUCACAUGUGCAGGAGAUGUGUCACCCGGUCACAUGCUGGACAGACUCAUUCCAAGACGAAACCAAAAGUGAUGUGUGCCUCUUGCGCUUCUCUCCCCACAUGCGGUGCGGCCCAAGCCACAGUGUGGGUAUUUGCGUGCCGGUUGUGUGCGGCCGUAGCAGGUAGCCAUAACAACCGGGGGUUCGGGGGAUGGUGGCUGGAGGUGUAGGGAAUGACGGUUUUCCUUCUGGGG